AUGCUGUCCAAGUCUGGAGUUGGCUCCAUCUGUGGGCUCUUCCUUCCUCUCAUGCUGAUUGCUUUCUUUCCAGCUGCUCAUGGACUCCAGUGUUAUGCGUGCAAUAUUGUGGUUGGCACCCAGCACAUUGCCCCGGGUUGCUCCAAGCCAGAGAUUGUUACCUGCUCCGAAUCACACCAGGGCUUCAAGCACAAAUUCUGCAUAAAAACUGAAAGUGUGGUCCUGGGAAUCCUGCUCACCAGUGGCUGUGCCACCUCUCGACACUGCCAGCAGCAGGAACUGCCUGGGGUACAUAUCCGCUGCUGCCAGACUGACCUCUGCAAUGGCUCCUUGAGGGCUGCCCAGACCCUUGGCCUGUUCUCAGGGGGCACCAUCCUCAUACCCUGUCUUCUUGUGGCUUUCUUCCUUCUCUAA